CAUACAAGGACAUGGAAGACCUCAGGUGAUCUGAUUCUUCGAUAAACCUAAUUUUGUAUUAAGUGCAGUCAUAUGACCUGAUUUAUAGCCAUUGCUAUGGAGGAAAAGAGAACUGUGACUUUCCGAGAUGUUGCCAAGAGCUAUUUCUCACAGACAAGGGUGGACUGUCGCUACACUAUAAGCAGUCAUCACAGCUGGAGCAGUCAUGACUGGAUAGGUCUUUUUAAGGUGGGAUGGCUGACAGUGAAUGAUUACUACACUUUUGCCUGGGCUCUAGCACCAGAAGGGUACCAAACAGGAACAGAUGCAAACUGUAGUGUGGCCUUUCACUCGUCUUAUCUACCAAAACCUGGUGGGGAAGUAUAUCAGUUUGCUUAUGUGGAUGAACGUGACGAGAUAUGUGCAGUCAGUUCUCAGUUUACUUUUUGUGCUCCAAGACCUCUGGAUGAACUUGUUACACUAGAGCAGGAGAUAAAUUGCGAGGAAGAGGAGGGGGGAGAUGACCUGCUGGUGGUGGUGCCAAAGGCUCUGAUCCUGCAGAAUCUCUUAGAAGGAUGUCAGCGUGAGUUACAUGAGCUGCGUAAGAGGUUUGAGGCUGCUGAUGCUGAGGUCGAGAGAGAAAGGGAGAGAUGGAAAGCUGAAAAAGAUGAGCUUGAAAGAGUAAAAAAUGUGAUGAAGUGUCAGAUUGAUGAGCUAAAAAGCAACCUGAGGCAAAGCACUGAAAAAAUUGAGGAACACGAGCAAAAACAAAAGGAUGUGCAAAGCACUCAUGAAAACAUGGCUGCUGAACUUAGUGGGUUGCUAGCAGAGAGAGAUGAAAAUCAUCAGCAAAUCAAAGAACUCCAACAGGAUGCUGCCACUCUGACUCAACAAAAACAAGACAUAGAGGCCGAGCUUGACAGAAUGAAGGAAAGAGUUAAAAAGAUGACCACACAAAGGCGAGAUGAAGAAAAGGAGAGGAGAGAUUUGCAGAUAGAGAAUGAGCAGGCACAUGCUGAGCUGCGGACCUUGCAAGAGCGUCUGGAGGCCAGUGAGUGUAGCACUGAGGCCCUCCGCAGGGACCUGAGUGAACUGGGCUCCUUGCAGAGUCACAGCCAUGCAGAGCUGCAUCAGGUCAGACUUCAGUCUGCACAGAUGAGUUUACAACUGUCCCAGGCCAACCUGGCACUGCGUGAGGGGCAAGCCACCUGGGCCCAGGAGAGGGAGACUUUAAGACAAAGUGCAGAGUUGGAUAAAGAUCGUUUUCAGAAACUGAGCCGUGAGCUUCAGAAGAAGGAAGAGUGGCUCCAGGAGGAGAGAACCGAGCGAGAAAAACUGGAAGUGGAGCUGGGGAACGAGAAGGACUGUAACCGGGAACUGAGAGCCAGUCUGAGAGCCCUGCAGAAGGAACAAGAGCAGCAUCAGCUGGAGAAACAGGAGCUCUUAGAUCAUAUCCAUGUGCUGGAGCUGAGACUAGACACAGAGAUAGAUGCUAAGUGGGCUGAGGCUGCAGCUACUCCAACAUCUAGCAUUGAUAGCCCUCCAUCAGUUGAAGAAAAGCCACUGCAAGAGUCUUUAUCUGAGCAGUCUUUAUGUGUGGCAGAUCAUGAACAAUCCAGCUUUCAUGGGUCAGCAGAGCAAAGCCAAAAGGAUGAUGAGAUCGAUAUGAGGCAAGAGGACCUAGAAGUGGAGCCUUAUUCCAGUGUCAUUGGUGACAAACCCUUACUGCUUUCUGAACACAAGAACAGUGUAUCCAGUGGUCAUGCUGACGCCCCCAUGUGGUGAACCAGAUGUGGAAUAGAAAUGAACAUGUGUGCAGCUUGUUUACAUCAGAGCAUGGUCAUGUGCUCCUGAUCAGUGUGAAAUAUCAAAACAGUUUUCCAAGCUGGCUUAUUUUGUUGCCAGUGUGUAAUCUAAUAUAUACUAAAAGUGUAGGUGUUCCAGUAGUGUGAAUUUGUUUGUUUGUGCCAGUAUGAAUUUCCUUUAAGAGUAAGGUGAUAUACAGGAAAUUAAGGUAUGUUUUCUAGAUAUGAAUAAAUACAUAAAGG